AUGGAAGACCUACCGGAAGAGAUCUUGGUUGACAUCCUUGACUGCCUUGAAGUUGAAGACUUAAUUUCUGUCCAAGAAACAUGCAGUUUCUUGUCCAAAUCUGCACGUGCCAACACGUUAUGGCGUUACAAAUGCUUUGAGAAGUCCCCCAGUGCAUCCAUGAUGCGGGAGAAGGACAUACUCAGCUCGUUGGCUGGAGCUUUGAAGAGUCUUUCGCUCUCCGAUGAACCCAUGGAACCUCCUUCUUCUAUACCCAACGGAGAAUCCAUUCGUCCAGAACCACAGACCCAUGCAAGUCGAAGGGCUCAGGCAGCUAAUAAAUGGGAUCUCUCUGCGGCUGGUGAAGCUGUUGACUGGUAUUCAGAAUUCAAAGCAAGGCAUGCACCGCUGACUACGGAGUGGCUUACUGCUGGCCGCAGCGACCACGAGGAGAUUCGAGGUAUCUCAACUAUAGAUCAUUCCUCCAAGCUAGUCGGCUAUCUCGAAGACCACAGUCUACGAAUUUGGGAUCUCCGCGAAGAGGUCAAUGGGAAAAGGUACUUUCGAGAACUUGGAAGAAGCAAGCCGGCCCUACUAUCGACUCCAUGUACCAAUACCGUCGAGUCGUUCGUGAUUGACUCCGUGGGUUCCGUCACAGCACAGCAGAAAUCAUUCAUCGCCGUUGGCAAUGUCUUGAACGAAGUGGAUCUCAACACACUGCAAGUCGUCUCACGAUCGAAAUACGCAUGGCCGAUAACAGCCUUGUCACAGACCAGCGAUAUUGAGCUUCCCCUCACAGUUGGCACGCAAUGGAGCUUACAUAUCCUGGACCCGCGGGCCCCGGUGAAGCCUCUUGAACACAAGCUCGACGACCGCGUUGAGGAAAUCCCAGCCACUCCUGGCGCCUCUACAGCGCUCUUGCCGAAUUUGACCGACGAUUCUGCCCUCCUGCCUUCUCAAUUUGGCAUAACCUCACCCUUCGCAGCGAGUCCUGGUCCAUCGAUCUGGGCGCCUGGUUCGCCUAGCUGGAAACCAUCCCACAGACUCCAAAAUCCACAUUGGAUGGCAUAUGCUCGCGUCGAGCCCGGCCCACUAGCAAUCCUCCACCACGCCGAAAACGAGAUCCUCACGGGCGGCCGUUUCCCCAGCAUCCUGUCAUUUGACCGUCGCUACUUCCCACGCCUCCAAUAUGUGAUUCAUUCUUCUGCCAGCCUCUCAGGAUUGGCGUCCAUACCCCACCGCGCCGCAGGAUCUUCACCCAGUCUUUCCAACACAUCUACCCUCGUCGCGUGUGGAGAAUACCGUGGACGCGGCUCCCUAGAGCUCUACUCACUACCCCAUCUCAAACAGAACUCCGAUGGUGGAGAUGCAGAAGCUCUUUUCAGCUACAAAAACCGACAAGACGCGGCAAGAUCCAAGCUUCUCUCGGUUUCCACCCACGGAACGAAGAUCGUCUACUCAGACAGCGAAGGCGGACUCAAAUGGGUGGAGCGAGAUGGCCGCAGCCUGGUCAGGAAAUGGAACAUCAACAACUUCGAUCUCGCACGACCCGUCUCGAAUAUGGCCUCCAUCUCCGGCGACCAAGUCGCGCGGAAAAUCGUCCCUCUCACGACCCAUGACUCGGAGUACGGAAUGCGCGGAGACGGCGAUCUGUUGAUCUGGACCGGGGAACGUGUCGGGAUCGUAACGACCAAGACCCAACGCGUCGACCAUCAACAAAUGGUGAGCGAAAUCGAGGACGAUGAGUUCCUGGGAGAGGAGCAGAAGCAGAAGGAGCGAGAGGAGGAGUACUCCAAGGCAAUGAGGCGGGCGCUCGAGCGCCAGGCUGAUGAGAGGAUAUGGAUGAGCCGCUUCCGUCUCAAGAGCGGACGAUGGUGA